AUGACCGACUCCUCUCGCCAUGUAUAUCGCAUUGCUUCUAUCCCAGGAGAUGGGAUUGGGAUAGAAGUGACAGAAGCAGCUUUGGAAGUUCUCAAAGCAGCUGUUCAGAAGUCUGGAAAGUACACUAUCGAAGCGACACAUAUUCCAUGGGGCACUGCUUUCUACAAAGAAACGGGGUCUUAUCUACCCGACGACUUUCGAUCGACCCUUAAAAGCUAUGAUGCAAUUCUCUUCGGCGCAGUAGGUGCACCAGACGUCCCUGAUCACAUCUCCCUCUGGGAACUGCUCUUAAAAAUGCGAGGGCCCAUGCAGCUCUACGCCAAUGUCAGACCAAUUCGCUGCUUCACCAAGCCCAGGCUAGAUGCGGAGCCCGCACAUCUCGACUGGCUGCUUGUGCGAGAAAACAGCGAGGGCGAGUACUCGGGCCACGGUGGACGUUCCCAUGUCGACCAGAACUGGGAAGUCGCCACAGACACAAACGUCUACACCCGGCACGGCAUCCGUCGUAUAAUGAAAUUCGCCUUCGAGGCUGCGAGUAAGCGGCCCCGCAAGCACCUGACUGUCGUCAGCAAGUCGAAUGCUCUACGAUACGGCCUUGUCCUGUGGGACGAGGUGGCGAAGGAGACUGCGAAGGACUUCCCGGAUGUCACGUGGGAUAAGGAAUUGGUGGACGCAAUGACUAUCCGCAUGGUGCAGAAGCCCUGGACUAUCGAUACGGUGGUGGGUACGAACCUUCACAUUGACAUUUUGUCGGAUCUCGCCGCUGCUCUUGCGGGCUCUAUUGGAAUAGCACCGUCUGCAAACUUAGACCCCGAACGUCAGAAUCCGUCUCUAUUUGAGCCUGUACACGGAAGUGCGUUUGAUAUUAUGGGGAAAGGUAUUGCUAAUCCUAUCGGCGCCAUCUGGGCGGCGGCAAAUAUGCUCGAGUGGCUUGGUGAACAAGAGUCAGCCGACGCCAUCUUGAAUGCUAUCGCACAUGUGUGCAAUGAGAAGAAGGUGACUGCCGAUAUGGGAGGAGAUCUGAAUACUAAACAAGCUGCGGCUGCUAUAUGUGAACAACUUCUGAAAUGA